AAUAGUCAGCAGCUGUAUCUCUCCCCACGGGGAUUUAAACUUCACCAUUAGCUCCUGGCAAAUCGGCCUAGGAUCCAGUUCCCGUUCUCCUCUUUUUUCCCCACCUUGAACCUCGACUCAAACGCCGACCGUCUGCUUCGGUCGACUACCGGUCCUCUCGUCCUACCUUCCCAUCUGCAUCCUCUCUUCUCCCCUCCGAACGGCAUUGUGUUUUUGGCCACCGGUCCGCAGUUGCGACUGAGAUCCCGGUUUGCUUGCUGCAUAGGACACGAGAAAAACUCAACAACAACAACGGAUUCCAGUUUCCGACAUCAACGUCAUUCCACAGUUCCCCUACCCCAGAGCCGCUUUCUGUGACCCCAACUUUCCAGCCGUUCCCCGCAAGUAGCCGCAAUCGCGCGUAAUCCGAAAUUAUGGGCUCGUUUAUGGAGGAUCUCUGGUCUAGCAUCUUUACCCCGGGUCCCACCCCCUCUCUCCUCAUCGCGACAAACGUCACCUUCGCUGCCCUCCAGGCUCUCCUGUUCGCCCUCCUCCUCGCCACGUAUAGCAUCCACUUUUUCGUCCUGUCCAUCUUGUCCGGCGCCCUAUGGUGGUCCAUCAACUGGUUCGCUCAGGAGCUUAGGCAGGUGCAAGCUGAGGAGGCGGAGAAAAAGCAACAAUCGGAAGAGCCUGCAGAGAGCCAAUCCAAGUCAGACGGCAGUCGGAAAACCCCGGCGACUCUCGACAGUGCUGGGAGUGAUACGGAAACAGAACUUCUGACGGAGCACAAGGGUGCUGCUGCCACCGCUUCCGCUCCUCGGUCUCUUGCUGCAUCGGCAACACUUCGGCCACCGGAGGAACAAGGCGAAGUUCGGAAGCGCCUGAGCGUCAGCGGUGAGAGCUCGGGUUACCAAAGCACCGAUAGCGAGUGGGAGAAGGUAGAUGACGGUAAGGCGGCCUAGGCAUACACGGGAUUGGAUCAU